AAAUCAUAAACACUUCAAAAAGAAAAAGAAAAAAAGAACAGUGCAAAUCUUUUCCCUUUCUUUUAUUUUCUCCAUCAAAUCUUUUGACAAUUUUUGUUGUUGACAGCUGCCCACUUCUCGAAAAAACUCUUUCUUUCUGCAAAAUCCCGAAGAAGAAGAAGAAGCAUAAGAAGAAUCUUUGAUUGAUUUGUCACUUUCUUUGCUUUUCUUUGAUGAAUUUUAGGCAACAAGUUUGGGAGGAGCUUACCUAAAAAGAAAAGAUGGCUAAUCUUUAAUAGCUUUUCUUCCUCUUGAGAUAUUUCGUUUUUUUAAAAAAAAACUUUCCAUUCCUUGAAACAAUAAAAAAGAUCUUCGAUUUUUUCCUGAGAUCUUGAAUGAGAUCUGGAAUACAUCAAAAUUUCGAAAUUGGGUCAUCGAGAUUCUUGUGAAAAUAAAUAUAUAAAACCUACAAUGUCAUGGCAACAACACCAUGGUAAGAUAAGAAAACGAGGUAGUUCAUCGUCUUCUUCUUCUUCUUCAUCACUGAUCCGAGACUACAUAUUCAAGCGUGCAGUUUUGGUGGCGAAAAAAGCAGGAUCGACUACCCCUGUUCCUUCAUGGAUAACAGCUACAACGAAACCAGAGAUUGUUACACAAACCAGAGAAGCCCCAGUUUCUGCUAGAAAAUUAGCUGCCACUUUGUGGGAGAUUAAUACAAUUCCUUCCCCAGAAGCUAAGCAAGUAUUGGAGAAGAAAGAUAAGAGGAGAAAAGCCCCCAGAGUUUCAAAAAUGCUUCAUGUUUUGCCGCAAAAUUUGUCUGAUCCGUCUAAUAGUCCUUUUAUAGAGAAAAUGGAUCGAGGCAGAGUCAAAUCUCACAGGAAAAGAUCUUCAAUUGUUUCUCAAAAGCUUCAUGUUACUGACCGUACUUUCAUAGAGAUUGAUGAAGCUCAUUCUAGAGUCAAAAUUCAUGGUGGAUGCAUAAUUGGGAUUAAAACUCGUUUAAAGGAUGUCAGUAAUUGCUUAGCCACUUCUAAAGAACUCGUUAAAGUUUUGAAUCGAGUUUGUGGUCUAGACGAUAAACAUUCGUUGAGCAUGUCAUUAGUCUCUGUAUUAUAUGUUGAACUCGAUCGAGCUGGAAUCCAUGUUGAUCAAUUGAUUCGAGAGCAACGAUCAAAUUACGAUGGAAUCGAGCAUCUCAUGCGGCAUUUUGCCGAAGAAAAGGCCACUUGGAAGAGGAACGAGCGCGAGAGAAUCCGUGAUGCCGUAGCGUGCAUUGCCGAAGAGCUCGAGGUGGAGAAGAAACUCAGGAGGCAAACUGAGAGAUUGAACAAGAAGCUCGGGAAAGAAUUGGCUGAUACGGCGGCAUCACUGUCCGAGGCGAUGAAAGAGCUCGAAAGUGAGAAGAGAGCAAAAGAGAUUUUGGAGCAAGUCUGUGAUGAAUUGGCUCGAGGUAUCGGAGAAGAUCGAGCUACGGUCGAAGAACUGAAACGGGAGUCGGCUAAAGUGCAAGAAGAAAUGGAGAAGGAAAGGGAAAUGCUUCAAUUCGCCGAUGUAUUACGAGAGGAGCGAGUCCAGAUGAAGCUCUCCGAAGCUAAAUAUCAUUUCGAGGAGAAGAAUGCAGUAGUCGAAAUAUUGAGGAAUGAACUUGAGACCUACCUAGGAACCAAACUAAACGAAGAGAAUGUCGACGGUUCACUGAAUCUGCAGAGGAUCAAAGAGCUUGAAGCUUAUUUGAAGACGAUCGAUUUCGGUUCCGGCCAAAUGAUCAAGAAAGUUGCGGAUAAAGUCGAUGUUAUGGACGGAGAAGAGUGCGAAGCAGAUGACUCAACUGAUGGCGAUCUACGCUCCAUUGAAUUAAACAUGGACAACAAUGACAUGUGCUACAAAUGGAGUUAUGCUGGAGGAAAUUUACCCGAAGGCGGAUCAAAGAAGUUUCCGAUCGAAAAGGACAAUAAGGGGAGGAAAUCGCUUUCUGAGAUGAAGUAUCUUGCAUCGCAAGGUGAGGCACAUGAUUACGAAGAUGAGAUAAAGAGAUAUAGAUCUGUAAAGAGCCUUCGAGAUCACAUAUUAUCAAGUAACAAAAUAGCUCCUAUCCAAAGCUUUCCGAGUCCGACUCGGCAAUGGAGCCAGUCCAUGCACUUCGAGGAGGCCGGUGCCGGGGCUAGCUCCCUGGUGACGAAGGCGGAUGGUUGGAAACCUAAGCUUGUUGGCUCAAUAAGUGAAGGCCGUACUUCAGCAAGAUAAGAGGGAAGAAACUUGUUAUUUAUUUAUUUGUUUCUUUUUGUUUUCGCUUUCUUGAGUAAUGCUAUGUUGCAUUUUCAUGAAUUCAAAGGCUGUAAAAUAAAGUUAUGAAUUGCUAUAAUUUAUUAAUACAAUUGAAGAUCUUGAAAUUCUUUCAAA